UUGAAAUUAUAGAAAUUACAGUUUAGUGACGGGGGAUUUCUAGUAGAAACCAUUGUAUCUUCGAGAGUUGGAUCUAUAGUUAUUUCUGUAAUAGCCUCGGUUGCUAUAACGUCUGUUGUUGUACCAUCUGUUAUUAUAGCUUCUGUUGUAAUGGCGUCUGUUGUAAUAUCCAUCAUCGUAAUAUUCAUCAUCAUAAUAUUCAUCGUCGUAAUAUUCGUCAUAGUCAUAAUUUGAUUGAUAAUAAUGCCUUCUUCGUUUUCUUUUCCUUCUCUUAUUUCUUCUAGGUUCAUAAUAUGAUGUUGAAAUAUAUCUAUUUCAUUUUCAUACAAGGUUGGUAGAGCUUAUAUCUUGAAUCCUUUGCGUUCAACAAUUAACCCUUUUUCGUUGGCAUCUUUAUUUAUCUUCAAUAGAGGUUUUUACUGGAGCUGAUCAAUAAAGGUUAGAACCAGAACACUCGUUAAUUUCUCAAGAGUUAAAGACAAUCAAUUUAUUCUCAUUUAUGUUCAUCUUAAUACAAGCAUCAAAUUCAGCCUCUAUCUUGCAUUGACAGCUUUCCAAAUUUCAAAUUUCUAUCCGAAUAGUUUUAAUAUUCUGUAUCUUGAAAUAGCUAUUAAGAUCCUUUACUUUUGCAUUUCAAACUUCGAAAUAUUGAGAAUUUAUUUUUAUGAAAUGUUUUGCAACUUCAUUCCAUAUUUUCUUUUGUUUUCCAGAAUUCUCUCCGAUAAAAUCAAUCUUAUGUUUUUGGUUAUUUCCUACAUCAAAUUUCACCUUUGUAACUCUCAAUUCCUGUUGUUUGAAAAUCCCUUUCACAAAAUUAGCAAUUUCUUCAUAAAGCUCACUUUCGAAAGUUGCUUUAUCAAAACCCAGAGUUAGCAUCUUCAAGUCUCUGAUUUCAUACUUCUCAGUUUCUUCUAAUGCUUUCUUAAGUAACCCAACAGUUGUAGAGUCUGUAAACCUUACCUCAAGACAUUUCUUGUCUCUUAAUAGUUCUGCAUUUAUUCCGUUGUUGUUAAAGAUUUCUAUUAUCUUUAAAGUAUCUUUUGUAAAUUUCUGAUCAAGUGUCAAUAACAUUUUCUGUUUAUCCUUCCAAAAUUUGUUGGUCUGCUUUCAAAGAAGCAUCAGUAGAAGCUUCCAAUCAUCGUAAUAUCCAUGAAAGCAUAAUACCUCAAAGAUAAAUCCAGAGCAUUGGAAUAUCUCAGGUAUGGAUUUGCUGUCCAUUUUAA